AUGGCGGAUACACCAUGCGAUGGUCAGCUUCUUGAAGAUUUGGGCUUCGUCUCGCCGCAUAUGGGCCGACCAUCAGAACGAGGGACUCCACCAGUCCCUGCUCUCCCAAGCACUGAGGCCUGGAUACCAAACGCAAUGCCAAUCGCUGAUGGCCAGACCUCUGAGGCUGCUUCAAUGCCGCAUCAUAUAUCUGGCGGUAAGGUGAGGAGUGGUGUGCCUGGUGUUACCUGGAACGAGACCUACCAGAUGUGGGUUGCGAGGUGGCGAGAGGAACCCAAGGGUAGUGUCAGUCCAUUACUGGGAUCGAUGUGA